CUUGUUAUUGUUUAAUGGCGUACAUGAUACGGGGACAUUUACAAAAGAAUUGACACCUUCACAGGUGUGCAUCCGAUGGCCGGUGGCGAUGGGUCCGCAGGAGGACUACAUCGAGACUGUUGUCACCUGUGAAGGGGAUUACCAUGAUCCUGAGCUACACAGCCGGAUCGAGACAUUCCGAAAGGAGUUAAAAGAUCUCUUGCUUACUGAUAUGAGCAAGAUUAAACUGAAGAAAGUCGAGCCAUGGAAUAGUGUGCGAGUAACUUUCAACAUCCCAAAGGAAGCGGCAUUACGUCUUAAACAGCUUGCUCAACAAGGCAAUGCCACGCUUCGAGAGCUUGGCGUUCUCGCCGUCCAGAUACAGGGUGAUCAGGCCAUCUCUCUCACCAUCGCUGGUCGAAACAAUGAGAGGACGGAGUUGAUAAUCAGGACAGAUGCCCGUGUUGGUGCUCCUUCUGUGUCUGUGUUUGAUUCGGGGUUGCAGAGUUCCGAUGAACUCAAUUCUCCAGGACCUAGCAAUGUUGAAGCAACUCGAAAGAAUAUUGCGGAUUACUUGAGGCAAGGAACCUCAAUAUUUGAUACUCUCUUCAGCUCAGCUACUGGUGUUGGGGUUUUCAAAUCGCCCAAUGUUGUUGCGACAUCAUGUGAACCAAUUCCUCUCCACCAGAACAGCAUGAUCAGCACAUGUCCGGGACGUGCUGGAUCUGCUAGUGGUCAGGCACCACUGUUCAUGAGCAACAACUACCCUCCAGGUCGGAGCCCAACAGGCUAUCCAGCAUCAUCCAGUGGAAGUUUCUCUCCUCCUGGAUCUAACCAAAGCCCUAUUGGACCACAAGGGAUAAAGUUUCCAUCACCACCUAUUAUGGGGCUAGGACAGUCCGCAGGUUCCCCAUCAAUGGAAAUGAAUCAUAUGGGUCUGCCUCCACCGCCACCAUAUCCACAUGUGGCUGGUACCAUGAACAAUCUUAUGAGGCACGGCAAAGGUGGUAGCAUGUCGAGUCCUCUUCUGGUGAACCUCUUACAAACUGAACCUUUGGCAGCAGGUUUUAGCUGUUUACCAGGAAGCAAAAUGCUACCUCCAGUGGAGGGUGGUCCACCUCCAAAGAAAAAGAGGCGGCCCCGGAAGCCCAAAGAAACUACAGCUAAAGCUGUCUCACUACCAUCAGAAAUUGAAAUCCCAAUACAAAGUGUGUUGAAUCCUGCCCUCAGUACAAGUGUGUCACAUGCUGGUCAUGUUGAAAGCCCUAUGGAAUCAACACAAUCCACCACAGUGUUAGAUACAAAUGUCUCAUAUAGUUCCAGUCAGCAUGUGUCUCUACCAUCACCGGUUGGAACACCACCUAUUUCAGUGCAGCAUCAAGUCCAUGAUUCCGUUCAAAAUGACUCUGGAUUGAAUGAUAACUUGAGCACUGUUCAAGGAUCCAUUACCUCAUUGGCGCAGGAUCAUAAAACUUCAGUAUCUGGACAUGAUUCAAAUAUAACUAAUUUGGUGAAUGAAGGAGUAAGAAUGAUGGAAGAGAGUGAUCCUUAUUCACCAGAAAUGACUGCUGGUAAAAUCAUAAAUCCAUACACAGGGCAGUUGGAGCCAGUGGACCUUUUAGAUAAUAGUCCAAACAAAUUUGCAACUCAGAGUAAAAACAGGAAUCAAAAAGGAAAAUCCACUAAUAAACCUAGUCGUGGUUCUGAUAAUUUGCAUCAUGAGGUGUUUGUGAAUAGAGGAAAGAAACAUUUAAACAAAAAUAGUGCUAAAGCUGUUAGAAAUGUACAUUCUGAAAGUGCUGCAGACACACCAAGUUCAAUGUCCCAAGGGGCUGUACCUAGUGAUAUAUUUGACAGAUCUGACUUAAGGACCAGACAGUUAGAUUUUGGAAACCAAACAAAUUGUUCUACUAGUCAGUCCGAUGCAAGCCCACUGGGCAAUACUCCUAUUAGUAGUUCAUCUCAAAUAGUGCCCAGUGAAGCUACCGAGAUCUAUGCAUCAUCCCUCUCAUCUAGUCAACCAAGACAAAAUACAUCUGUUAGUUUGCCUUCAAACUAUCCUCCUCAUACUGGACUAAAUACAUCUUCUGUGUUUACCUCUACAUCGCCAAAUGUCAGUCGACCUUCACGGAUGUCUCAUGCUCCUGUUUCUACUCUCAACUUAAACCACACCAAUUCUAUACAUUCGGCAAAUUCACCUCAGCUACAAACCAGUGCUGCCACUGUAUGUGGCAAUUCCAACUCCCCAAGGUCUCAUUUGGCUCAAAGUGUUCGAUUUACAAAAGCUUCUGAUUUGCAUCAUUCAUCACACAAACAUCAAGCAGCAUCCCAUCCUGUAUCCAACAAUCAGUCUCACACUGGGUCUCCAGUGUCGACGAUGAGUCUCCAGAUGAGCAGGAACCAGCCAUUGGUAGCUGGUGAUGUCCUCCAGGAACGCAGAUCCCCCGGCUCUUGCACCAGCACUCAGCACAAUUUGUCAACAAGUUCUGCAGGACUGACGUGUCUGGCAACAACUGUGUCAGGUGGGACCAGUUCUACACAAACCACUUCGUCACCACUACAGCCGCAGUCUGUGAUACAUCCAGCUAUGGAUUCAUCUUCAGGGAAACCGUAUCCCAAGCCUUCAAAGAACAAUACAUGUGUGUCAUCAGAAUCACCAGAAAUGCAUAAUACUUCUGGCAAGGUGCAGGAUUCAUUAGAUAGUGCCAAAGGACCAUCUGGCCAUAGUCCACGAGAACAUGCCUCACCCUAUUCAUUGCUCAACUCGCCAACUCCACGUAUGGCAGAAUCCAACUGUCUGGAAAGUCCAGAAAAUAAAAUGCCCUCAGAAGGUGAUGAAAGUUCAAACCACAGUGGCAUAAUCACAGACAUUGCAGUAGAUCAUACUACAUCCUCUGGUUCAUUUAUUGAUUCAUCAACAGGAAAAGUGUACAAUCAUGAUUCCGGAGUUGGUUCUUCAUCAGAACGUUCUGAUGACACUCCUUCUGAGCCUGGAGACAGUGAGUACAGGACUGGUCAAUUGGCAGCAGAUGCUGAUGAUUGCAUCAAGUCUCAGAAGCUGUUGCCAGACUGUAAACCAGCUUCUAAGGUCAUCACUGUGGGUUAUGUAAUGGAUGAUGACCACAACCCACAAAAAGAAAAAUACAGUGUGAAUAAUUUACCCUAUAGCAAAGACUCAUCUAUGGGACAUGUAAAAAAUUUGGCAAAUUUUGUUUAUGGACAAAGGUCUGAUCUUCAUACCAACAAUAUGGCAGUUUUACAUUUGUCAGCUAAAGACUUGAAACAUUUUUCAAAAUCUGACGAAUUAAGAAAUUCUCAUAUUGAUGUUGUUAAAAAUGGUCCGAUUUUAACAGAUGACAAACUGAUGCCAAAAGAGUUUGAUCCUGAAAGGCAGGUUUCUUGUACACUAGCAGGAGGUCUACACACAUCAGAAAACAAACACAUACUAAAAGGUGCAGAUGGCCCAGUUGAUGCAGAUAGAAGUGUUCAAGGAUAUGAAACUCCACCAGGAUUCUGUGAUCCUCGCAGUAUGAUGAACAGGAGCCUGGGCAAGCAAGGCAGUCCUUUCUGCAUGGACAGUUCUGUAAAUAGGGCACCCAGUAAUCCGUGCAGUAGGUCCAGUCCUGACUGCAUCAGUUACAUGCCUGUGGAUAGUGCUUGUGAUAUGGAACAUGGUGAUUCUAGUGAAGUUGGUCCACGCGGCUAUUUUCCAGGCGGAACUGAUGGGUCAGGUGAUGUGCGGUACCAGUCCCAGUCUCCAAAGAGUGGUUUGUGCCAGGAACUAGUGGAAAUUGAUGCCAUGCAGGCAGUGUUCACAGGAGGAUCUCUGAGAGGACAUGCCACAUUGCCAGAGGGGAUGAAAGGUUCAAAUAUUACCAGCAAAUAUUCAAAACAGUCAUCUCCAGUGAAUGUAAAUAUGCUUAAUCAUAUUUAUGCACCAGGUCUGCCUCUGCCUCGCAGACUUACUGAGUCGGUUCAGCGACUUGUGAAGCCCCUCCCAUCUAAUGAUCAUAAUCUACCUCAGAUGAGGGCUUCCAAGUCUCCUAGUUCAGGUGGUUCAAAACAGGGUUCUAAUGGUGAAAAAUCGCCUCGCAGCGCUCACAGCGGAGCAAGAUCACCUGGUGCAAACACAGCCCGUAGUGCUAGAGGGAAACCUCACGGACAAGACAUACAGGUGUCUAAUGCGAUCUCUAGUGUCUCCUGCAUGAAGCAAACUAUGCUAUCUGGUGGUAUGGUUUUGAUGAACUGCAACAGGACACUGUCACCGGGUGUUUCCUUGCCGGUCAGUUCGCCCCAGACUGUUAUGGCAUCAGGAAAACAAGGAUCUCGUUGUUUGGCAGCAGAUGCACAAGCCCAUUCCUGGGAGUCCAUGAACACUUUGCAGCAGCAUUCCAUGCCACAAGCAGAGGACAAUCAGUUCCAAAACAAGGCAUGUUUACCACUGCCGACACCAUUUGCUCACACAACCAUAAACCAUUCUAGUCGGGUUGAAAAUCAGUCGAAUCCGACACCCGACAGUGACAAAGCAGAUACAUCAGUAGACACAUCUGUGCCUUUAUCUUCGUCCCUAAAGUGCAAUAGUGGCAUUGGUUCCACAUUACAAAGUGAAGACUCGGUUCUGUAUGCAACAAACACAUCACUUAGUGUGGACACCCAUAGACUGAAGUCCACUAUAUCUUGUGCCAUAGACCAUGCAUCAUUUUCAUCUGAUCUCAGUAAAAGUGUUUCUAGCCAUAAUAUUUGUGCAGACCAUACCAUCGGUUUGAGCCUGGGACUUCACAUGAGCCCUAUACCAAGUGUAAGUGUUUCACCAAGUUCUGCUCAGCACAGGCAUGAAUCUCAGCUUCCUACAACAGGCAGCCACAAUUAUGUGUCACAGCAUUCCACUGUGGGACUCUCGGGUAUUGUUGCAUCUGGACUUACGUCAGGACAUUCUGGUGUUGCAGGACAACAACUGUUAUCCCCAGUUACAAGAGAAGAUGGUCCGGUUGUAAGGAAUGAUAAUUCAAGCAUUGAUGUUCCUCAUACAACAUCUCAAGGGAAUGGUAUUUUCUCAAGGCAGGACAACACCUCUACUAUGUGCUUGUCAACUCCUGUUGAACAGUUGGGUGAAUCUGCCAGUCGUGGCCAUGUUCAGGCGAAUGAUGUAGGUAGCCAUGAAAACCAUGGCCAUCAAAAUUCAACUGUCGGUGAACCUGCCAACUGCAGAGAAUGCAAAAGUCCUCAUAAUAAUUGCAGGGGUGAUUAUGUUAGCAACUCAAAUGAUCAGUUUGAAUCUGUUGGCAAACUGCCUGUUGAUUCUACAAGUUUGUCAACAGACCAGAACAAUGGAAAGUCAGAAGAUGGAGAAUCACAAGGUAGAGAAGUGAGCCCUAAUACAAUUAUGUCAGACUUCACCGACACGUCAGCAGUUAAAACAUCAAAAUCUGACAUUGAAUCAUUAAGCAAAGAAGUGGUGAAAGUAACAGACACUCCAGUUAAUAUCACAGCAGCUGUAGACAGAACUGAUCCAAUGUCUCAUCUUAAACAAGCUAACAGUGAAGACAUUGUUGCCAAACCGACAUACAGUAACACUUCUGAAUUACACGAAUCAUCUGAGAGCAUGGCACAAAAUGAUACUGUGGCACAUAAGAGUGCUGAAAGUGUCCCAAUGGCAGAAAGCUUGAAUCAGUUUGAAGGAUGUACUGAUACUAUGCAAGCAAUGUCUGGAGAAGAACCAGCUACCCCUAGAAGGAUCACCAGAAAAAGUAAAUCCAGCAGUGAAAGUGAGAUUCAGGAAACUGACUCUGAUGGAUUGGUUGCCAAAAGUGGAGAUGCUUCUCAAGAGACAACACCAGACAAUUCCUCUAAUCAGGUGCAGCAAAAGGGCAGACCAGACUCAAUUGGGAUGGGUCUGCGAGUCCGUGAAAUUCGAAAGCAAGGGCAUUCAGAAGACCGGUUGAAGUCAUCACCUGAUGAGCUUAACGAUAAACUGGAGAAACCAUUGCUGGUUAGGAAGAUGGAGGUCCCCAACAAGGAUGAAGAUAUGGCUUGGAAGAAGACCACUGCAAGACGAAUAAAGGUUUCCCCACCUGUUCUCACUGAGAAGUCACAAUCCUACUCAUUCUUUGAUAUUCCCAUAAUCCAAGGUCGCACUAGGAGCCAGGCAGCACCCGAGGUGAAGGACAGCAAGGACAAGGAGAAGCAGGAGUCUCCCACCGAGUCCCAGAAACGUGCUGCACGACCAUCUCGUCAAAAAGAUAAUGAACAACCAGCUGCCAAACGACGCCGAUCCCGCGAUCACAGAUAGCAGACGAUUAGUUCGCCUCAGCAUCUAUAUUGUCCAUUGUACAUAGACAGAUCUUCUCAAAUGUUUGACACACUUAAAAACAACUAAUAAUCAUAAUAUUUAUGCCAGUUCCCUCUCCCUUCAAGAAAACACCAGCAAGUGUUUUUCGAUGGGUAGCUAUUCCUUGUUGUGUGUGUGUAUAUAGAUACAUAUAUAUAUAUAUAUGCACAUAUGUAUAUGAAGUUUGUGUAUAUAAAUUAUAUAUUUGUUUCUUUCUAUUUAUGUUUACUGUAACAUUAAUGUAAGAUUUAACUGUGUAUAAAUGAAAUAAAGCCAUGUUUGGGUGAUAUGUUUGUUUUUGAGAUCUAGAUUUACUAUCAUAUUGUGGAUUUUUUUUUUUUUUUUUUUUUUGUAUGCAUUGCUGUACAGUUUUCAGAGUGUAUUAAUUUAAUAAUAUAGCUAUUUGAAUCAAAAGUGUUUUGCUUCAUAAACCAUUUACGCCAAAUUCCCCUUUGCAUAGUGGUGGAGUCGAUUUCCACCAAGUAUUGUGUGUGAUGAACAUAACUUUUGUGAUACAGAGUUAAGAGAACAUGUUGUGCAUAAUUUUACAAUAGGUAAUUAAUUUAGUAACUGUACACAUUUUUUGUCAUGAAUUGGAGUAAUAUUAAUCUUUAAAAUUUUCUGAUGAUUUUGUAACAAUGCAUUAGUAGUGUUAAAAUAAUGAUUAGAAAGAACAUUCACAUAAGGUGGUGAUUACCUGUUUUAACACUGCUCUGUUGUAACAUUGUAUUACGUAGUGUUAAAAUAGUGUUCAAUAAGGUUGUCAGUUUUAACACUACUAUGUUGGAACAUUCUUUUCAGUAGUGUUAAAAUGGUGUUAAAGGAACAUUCAUGUGAGUGGUGGCUACCUAUUUUAACACUACUGUGUUGUAGCAUUGUAUUAGUGGUGUUAAAAUAGUGUUUAAGUACUUUAACCUUUAUCUGGGCUGUGUCUUUUCAACAUUUUAUACCCAGAAUUGGACAUUUUGGGUGUUUUCACACUCCAGAAAUAAUUACUAAAUACACUGACCUUGUGGCUAAGCUGUAACUUGAAGUGAAAGUAUUGUUAGUAAAAAUAUAAAAAGUAGAUAAGCAGAUGAUGAAGCAAGAAUUUUAUUUCUCUUUAGAGUUACCUCCCUUAAGCAUUUGAGGUUUGGACUUUGUGCAGAGAUGGAAAUAGUAUUGUCAGUAAUGGUUUUGGGGAGGGUUUUUUAAAUUAUUAUUAAUAUUAUUUGUAUUAUUGUUAAUUUUAAAUUAGAUUUUGAUAUUAAUUGUAAAGAAAUUUAAAGAACAUUUAAUUGUAUGACAAUAGGCAAUAAAAAUGGUUGACACUGUUAGGCUCAAUUUAGCCAUUAUUGUAAGUUUUUUCUUCAAAUAAUUAUAUAUAUAUAUACACAUAUACAUAUUAUUAUAAACAAAUGAUUGUUUUGUUGUUUGUUGAAAAUUAGUUUAUUAAGAAUUACAUAUGAGCAAUUCUUAAAAGGUUUUAGUUUUUUUAAAUAAUGAUUUUACUACCAUAAUAGUCCAAGUCAUCUCUGGGCUCUAAAUUACCCUGUUAACUGGAUAUGGGUUAAAAAUUACUGGACUGAUCAAACAACCCUAUUUUAACACUACUUCAUUUCAGCAGUGUUUGAACUUGCCGGCAUUGUUUAUAAUGAGAUCAGGCUUCAUUAAAAAACAUCUCUUGCCCUCUGUCCAUUCUUAAUUUUGUAACAUUUUCAUAAUUGGUUAGAUCAUUUGAUAAAUUAUUUUGUAAUAUGAAUAGAAGAAACAAACUACACAUGUAUUGAAAAGAUUUUAAAUUUUUGUUGAAAAUUAUCCAAUAAAGUAUCUUAAAGGUGCUACGUCAAAGUUGCAAUAUUUUUUUUGCUUUAAAACAAAAAGUUUAUAUCUUCAGCUAUAUGUCUGAAGAAACAUUUUGAGAGUUUAUCACACAUUUUAACUAGUGACUUCACUGUUUUAUGCGUACACAUUCAUCGCACUAAGUUUACACUGAAUUUUUUGCGGUCAGCUGACAAAAGAAACGGUGAUGGUGGCAAUGCUAUAUUUAGUCUCAAAAUUAUUCGGGGAAACCCCUCUUGUCAUCCAGUGAAAGAUUUUAAAAUUAUUUUUCUAGAAUUAAUUAUAAAAAGAUUAUUCAUGGGAUUGAUUAAUUUGUAGUUAUUUAUUACAAAUAAAUGUGAAAAUAAUGAAAUAUUGUAGUUUCAACUUUGCCAUAGGACCUUUAAAACAAAUAUAGUUUAGGUAUAUAGAUUGUUUUUUUUAUACAUUUUGACCACUUGAACACAAGUGAGUUUGAGGAGGGCAAGCUGACAUUUUAAUCUUAGCCUUUUAGUUUGAUUUAGCUUAAUGGAGUGAUGAUUUUUUUUUUUUUAAAGCUAUAAAACAAGUUAUUAAAAAUGUUUAAGAUAUAUAACAACUAGUUUUUGUUGUAUAGAAGUACACAAUUAUCUCAUAACAGAUUUUGUUUCAUCAGGAGAUCAUUGCAUCCACUGAAACAGUUGUACAUAUUUUACGACAAUACCUUGAUUGCUUCUCUAUUAGAUGCUGCUUGUUGUUAAAGAUAUAUAUAUAGUGUAUGACCUGACCUGCAGGUCCUCAUCAAUUCGCUAUUUCUAUUGCACUGUCGACCAGUCUUUGAUUAGAUCUGGAUCACGUCUCUGUUUUGGCUUGCGGCUUUAUUCUUGUUAGUGCCCAUUCAUUCUGUUAGUUGUAGCUCCUCGUCACUGGCAGACUGUAUAUUUUUUAUUUUUAUAUACAGUAUUUGUGAAUAAAGUAUAGAUCUUAUUUCAUAACAAACUAA